AUGCAAACAGUGGCGUUCCUGAGGGAAACGGGCACAGAGGCACAGCCCCAGGUGGAACGUUAUGCAUCAGCCGAGGGGGUUACCACUACAGUCCAACGAGGCAGGGUACCGCCUUCGCAGCAGUCCCUCCCCGGCCUGCCUAACCAGUUCCUCAACUCCACCGACUCGAUGACGUCGUCCCUGAGCAACCACACCUACCUGAGCAGCUACAUCUCGCUGCUGCUCAGGGCGGAACCCUACCCCACGAGCAGGUACGGCCAGUGCAUCCAGACGAACAACAUCAUGGGGAUAGACAACAUCUGCGAGCUGGCUGCGAGGUUGCUGUUCUCUGCUGAACAAGUAGAAAAGCUGAAAGCGUUACACGUAGAUUCAGCCGAAUAUUCUUGUUUGAAAGCCAUCGUUCUCUUCACGACUGGCCCAAUACCCAGCGUGGAUGCUGCCACAAGUCUGUCUCUAUCUUCUCCUUCAUCACAAAAGAGACACACCUUUUUCACAUCAGGGCAAAAUAAUGCUGCUCUUUUGUUAAUUUUGAAGUAG